AUGGCAGUAAUAUUAAGUAGCUUGAUUGGUACAACUUCCAUUCUUGGACUUGGUUUGAUUCCACUUUUGGCGAUCGGUCUCACCGUGUACAAAUAUAACAACCUCGAUCCAGAAUCACAUCCGCAAAAUGCACGAGAGAUGCUGCGAAUGUAUGACUUUAUUGUGGUCGGAUCUGGAAGCGCAGGUGCUGUGGUCGCUUCGAGAUUGUCGGAGAUAGCUAACUGGACGGUGCUACUCUUAGAAGCUGGUGGUGACGAAAAUGAAAUUUCAGACAUUCCUCUGCUUGCCGGGUAUACUCAGCUUACAGAAUUCGACUGGAAGUAUCAGUCCUCACCACCUACUACAUCCGCUUAUUGUCUAGCUAUGAAAGGCGACAGAUGUAAUUGGCCACGCGGCAAAGUUCUAGGAGGAAGCACCGUUCUCAACGCCAUGAUUUACAUCCGUGGUAAUCGACACGAUUACGACAACUGGGUUCGAUUAGGUAACACUGGCUGGAGUUACGAAGAGGUGCUCCCUUAUUUUCUCAAGUCUGAAGAUAAUCGUAAUCCGUAUUUAACGAGAACAUCUUAUCACAAGACCGGGGGAUAUUUAACAGUGCAAGAGCCGCCAUACAAAACCCCUCUAGCGAUCGCUUUUUUGCAAGCUGGCCAAGAAAUGGGCUACGAGAAUCACGACCUAAAUGGUUUUAAUCAAACCGGCUUUAUGUUAACGCAAGCAACAAUUCGACGUGGCAGUCGAUGCUCGACGGCGAAAGCUUUUUUACGACCAGUAAAAAAUAGACCAAAUUUGCACAUAGCAAUGAAUGCUCAAGCCCUGAGAGUGCUCUUUAAUGCCGAGAAGAGAGCAACGGGAGUAGAGUUCCUUCGCAACGGCAGGCAACAGAUCGUGAGAUGUAAAAGAGAGAUCAUCUUGUCUGCCGGAGCGAUUAAUUCGCCUCAAUUGCUUAUGUUGUCCGGCAUUGGUCCUAGUGAGCACUUAACCGAGUUUGGCAUACCAGUGAUAUCUGAUUUACGAGGGGUCGGAAGUAAUCUUCAGGAUCACGUGGGCCUUGGCGGUCUGACUUUUCUGUUGAACGAACCAAUCACUCUGCUGAGGAAUCGAUUUCAGACGUUAUCGGUGAUGCUCGAGUAUGUCAUAAAGGAGCAAGGACCUAUGACCACUCCGGGAAUUGAGGGACUGGCCUUCCUUAACACCAAGUACGCUGACAAGUCUGGUGAUUAUCCGGACGUGCAGUUUCACUUUGCACCUAGCUCUAUCAACUCAGAUGGGGAUCAAAUAAAAAAAAUCCUCGGUCUGACAGACCGAGUGUACAACACUAUGUACAAGCCUUUGCAUGGCAUGGAAACCUGGUCUAUUCUGCCGCUUCUGCUGCGGCCGAAAAGUACAGGAUGGAUUAGAUUGAAGAGUAAAAACCCUCUUGUUCAUCCGGAAAUUCAUCCCAAUUACUUUGCGCAUAAGGAAGACAUAGAUGUCCUUGUGGAGGGAAUAAGGUUGGCGAUGCGGGUAUCCAAUACCAGCGCGUUCGAACGAUUCGGUUCAAAGCCUCAUACAAUUCGUAUGCCCGGAUGCCACACAUAUCAAUUCGACACGUACGAAUACUGGGAGUGCGCCUUGCGACAUUUCACCUUCACCAUCUACCAUCCAACGGGCACCUGCAAGAUGGGGCCGCGGAGCGAUUCCACGGCUGUCGUGGAUUCACGACUGAGAGUUCACGGAGUGAAGGGACUCAGAGUCAUCGACGCUUCUAUAAUGCCGACAAUCGUCAGCGGAAAUACAAACGCGCCGACCAUUAUGAUCGGCGAAAAAGCAAGUGAUAUUAUCAAGGAAGAUUGGCGGAUGAAAAAAAGGCCGAGUGUCGCGAGGUGACGGUGAUAAAUGCCCGUUUUUUGUAGGAAUGUGUUAUUGAUUUGUUUCUGAUAUAAUCAAAAGUUUCAAUUAUCGUACACGUGAAAUGUUACUAAAUCUUCUACUUUCUCUUCUUUCAAAACAUUCCAAGUUCAUUUUUAGUUGUUUAUUGUUUCUUUUAUCGUUUCAAUA